UGAACCUCAUUUAUAUGUGUUAUAAAGGAACCCCAGUAGAAUUUCCCUCUUGGAGUAAUCUUUCUUUGUCUGAAAUAUUUUGCGAAUAUGUUUGUUAUUGCAUUUCCGAUCUAAUAUCAGUACCAUCUGAACGUAAAGCCGGAUAAACACUGUUGCCUUCACUGAAUUUGAGGUGACUUUUAGUGAACUGGGUUAAGCCUGGGAUGGCUCUCAUUAUAUUCCUUUGGUGGGACUGGAAAAUUAUGGAGAUUCAUAUAUUUUUCGUAAGUUAAAAUAUUACCAAAAUCAUCAAACACAGAUAGAAUACAGUUCAAGUUAUUUUUAAACCAUCUAGGGGGCAAAGAGAGACUUAUUUCUAACAGUUAUAUCAGCAUUAUUCCAAAGGAGAACUAAACUGUGAAUCAUUACAUUUCCCUGGGAACUGAAACCACGACCUUUUGCACUGCUAACGCAAUGCUCUACCGCUGAGCCACAGGAACACGAUUCCCGCCAUAAUUUCUAGACUCGCGAACCGGAAGUGACGUGUUGCGGCGAUUCGCGCGUCGGAGAGCUGCUCUUUCAUCGGGUUCACGUGAUGCUUUAGUUCGCCGUGAUUUUAACACCGUGCAUUCUGAGCUGUGCUGUGCUGUGUUGUGUAGUCUCGUGUCUGUCUGUCUGUCUGUUUGUGUGUGUCUUGUGUUUGUGUUUGUGUGCGAUGGAUCAGUGUGCAGUAGAUGAGUUGUAUGAGGCGUUCGCUGUGCUGGCCGGAAGUGACCCCGAUCACUGCUCCUAUCCAAAGGGCUACAUGAAGAGGCAGGCUGUGUUUGCGUGUAACACGUGUGUUCCGGCUGGUAUGGAGCCGGCCGGUGUGUGUCUGGCCUGUGCAAACACGUGUCAUGAUGGACACGACAUCUGUGAACUCUACACCAAAAGGUCUGAAAGAUCUGAUCAGCACUUCUGCAGUCUUGAGAUUCACGUUUCGUUUGUCAAGCAAAAUUUUCGCUGUGAUUGUGGCAAUGAGAAAUUCCAUGGCUUCAAAUGCAAACUUCAUACUGACAAAGAAAGGCAGAAUGUGAAGAACUCGUACAAUCACAACUACUUCGGACGCUACUGCUCGUGCGACAGACCGUAUCCUGAUGAAGACGAUCAGGUUAAUGAAGAAAUGAUUCAGUGUAUCGUGUGUGAAGACUGGUUCCAUGAGAAGCAUCUGGAGGCUCCAGCGGUGGACUGUGACGCGCUGAUGGAGAUGAUCUGCGAUCGCUGUAUGACUCGAGCGCCGUUUCUCUGGACGUAUGCGGCUCAUUUUGCAGUUUCUCCGUUGAAUAAACAAAGCCUUAGUAAAGAGCAAACGAAUGCUGUUCUGAUGACAGAUGAAACCGUGAGUUGUUUGUGCACAGAUGUGCCCUCAGCGAGUGCGUGCGGCCCACAGGAAGAAACGACCGCUGGAGCCGCAGGCCAUCCGUCCAGCCCUGAUCCAGUGACGUGUCGUUUGGCUCAGCAGCCCUCCAAAGUUACCAAAUGCAUUUUAAAUGAGCUCGAGGCCAAAGACGCGGCGAGCGCGAGGACCGGCGCUGUGUUCUGGCCUUACUACUGGAGAGCAAAACUCUGCACAUGCACCGACUGCAAGAGAAUGUAUGUAAAGACAGGUGUUCCUUUCCUGCUGGACGAGUCGGACACACUGCUGGCACACGAGGAGAAAGCCAAAGCUGAAGCGCUGAGGAGUGAAGAUCUGCUGCUGUCCUGCAUCUCCUCUCUCAACCACGUGCAGCAGCUCGAGAUCAUCUACCAGUACAAUGACCUGAAACACGAGCUGCGUGAGUUUCUUCAACAGUCUGCAGACCAGAGAAAGGACGUCACUCCUGAGGCUUUCCGUGAGUUUUUGGAGGAACUGCAAACAAGAAAGAAGAGGCGGUUGAACUGAAGCCAUCAGCAUCACAGAUUAUUGUGGGAUUGUACAUCCUUUGGCUGGAUCCACUUUAAUAAAGUCUCAGAGCAAAAACACUGA